CCCGUGCCGAUGGGCUUCGCCAGCUUCCCGGCGGCGAUAGGAGCGUUCUACCUCAACCCGCGCGUCACGUGGAAGAGGAACGACAUGACGUAUGUGGUCGAGGGAGACUCGGGAAGGCUGCGGGUUGCGAGCGAGAAUAUAGAGUUGAAGGGUACGAGAGCGUUCGACAUUCCAGAGAAUUUCAUGCGUGAUCAUCAGCUGUUUCGGGUGAUGCCAGAGGACACGAAGAAGUUCGCAUUUGUGUACCCGACACCUUUUUUUACCGCUGGGGGGUUCGUGUAUUUGAACGCGGAGGCAAUGCCAACAGCCGUGAACCAACUCUCAGUCAAUUGUACCAGUCGCGGGUUCAGAAUGGGGGGCAUGCAGAGCAUGGCCUUGGACGUGGCGAACCAGUUAGAGGCCAAUGCGAUUGCCACGACGCUGCCAGAUAUCAGUGGUAAGGGAGCUCGUCGUUUCUGCUUCGUUGGGCCAGGGCAGCUCGGAGAUCGAGAUUUCAAGAGCAACGUGUUUGGCGGAUUCGCGUACUGGUUCGACGAUGUCUGUAAACACCGUUUUUUCCCGAUUCACGGAUACUACGGAGUGGUAGAGCGGGGCCCAUCCAGCGCGAUCGGAUCUUCCAUGCUCUUCUCGGGGUCCUUCGAGCAAAGAGGUCUACGACGGAAUUCUUGCGAAGAGGAAGUUCGGGCGGUCGUCUGCUGCGACAAUGCAGGACCUCAGGAAGCAGGUGGUUGUCAAGGUGAUCAGGUUGAAGCAGAACGGCCUUACCCACCCUGUAGUCCUGAGGGGGCUGGUUUUCACGCCCAAUGACAAGUCGUUAGAGUCCGAGCAAAUUCAAGCGAUCGUUUCAGCCGCUUUCACAGAGUGUUCGUUUGAUCUAUUCGGUGAGGUCAUCAUGAACAUGUUUUUGUGGGUGUCGAUAUCGGUGUUUACGUGUCGUUACCGUACCUAUUAUUCUUUUGUACCGCCCCAUCACCAUUGGGCCACGUUCGAUAAUGUGUUAUUAUUCUUCGUCGUGAUGCCCUGGCUUAUCAAUCUGGGCAAAUUGCUGUUCGGUGUUCAAGGGCAUCGCGUCACUUUUGGUCGUUUGGAGAACUACUGGCUGAGGCGCAACCGAUUGUUAGUGUGGUGGUUGCAAACUGUUGUACAGCUAGUUGUCAUCGUGCAGCUGUGGAGGGAAGGUAGGUCGGUAUGGUUUCGUUCUGUGGCGUCUAUUUCUUUAGCCUCUUGUGGCGCGCUGUUGUGGAUACAGAUGUUGUUUCUGGCAAGCCCAUUUACCCCCAUCGGCACACGAUUUCUUCCAAUUGUAAGCGCAUGGGGCGACAUGGCGUCUUUCCUCCUGGUGAGCGCGUUCCUACUUCUGGCUUCGGCCCAGGCUUCAUACGCAUUGACUGAGAUGCCGCUGGCUACCAUUGCGAUUGACACCUACCUAAUGGGAUUCAUCGGCGAAAUACAGCCUCAGCUUUUCGUGGCGAAGACAUUGGACUUAGACGCGAACCCGGAUACCCUUAGUGGGUUGGAUUCGACGGAGGUCCCGCGCAUAGGAUUCGGUUUCUUCAUACUCAUGGUUUCCAGCUUCAUACUCAUGGUGUCGAUGGCGAACAUCUUCAUCCAAGUGAUGGGUGACGCGUACAACAGAAACAAGGAAAUGGUGCAAAUCCAGCUGACACGGGCCCGCGCCGAGGAGAGCCUCAUCACCAUGCUGUGGAUGGCUGGCGCGGCCUCGCUGCUGCCGCGGCGGUGUUGCCACCUCGGCCCGCGGGACAGGCGGGAGUUUGUCUGGUUCACGCGGGGAGAGCAGCGCGCGCCACGGGAGCGCACGCUGCAGGAGCUGGCAGCGAAGAUUGAUCACAUCGACAGGCUGAUGACCGAGACCGCCAGCGCCAAAACGUAAUCGCGGCCUCCUGUCAUCCCUGCGUCACUCCCGCAUCAUAUUUUGUCCGCCCGCCUCCUGUCUGUUCCCCCCGCCGUGCGCCUGGUGUGGUAAUGUGUCCAGCCGUGGUUCGUGGCC